AUGGCAGAGUCACAGGAGACUCCUCAGGCAAUCGAGCAUAGUGCCAGUGCCCCUCUUUUACCCCAUUUACAACAGCAGCAACAACAGCAGCAAGAACACUCCAAAAUAGACUAUGAGCAGGAGGCGAAAAAACUCGAAGACAAAGCAGUUCGAUUUCUUGCUAAACAGGCCCAUCCGGUGAUCAUACCUUCUUUCUCUACCUGGUUUUCAUUUAGUGAGGUACACGAGAUUGAGCGCCGUAUGCUGCCCGAUUUUUUUGACGAAUCAUCGCGUUUUAAGACGGAGAAGGCGUACCGUGAUGUCCGGAACUUCAUGAUCAACACAUACCGGCUAUCUUCUUAUGAAUACCUCACCGUGACAGCAGUGAGACGCAAUAUUGCUAUGGACGUUGCCUCAAUUGUUAGAAUUCAUUCGUUUCUUGAGCAAUGGGGGCUUAUCAACUACCAAGUAGACCCUAGAUCCAAGCCAUCCAUGCUUGGUCCUAGCUUUACCGGUCACUUCCAACUUGUUCUUGAUACACCACAGGGUUUGAAACCGUUUGUCCCAACGCAGGUCGUCAAGACUGAAGUAGACCAGCUAGACGACUCUACGAACACUGUUGCCAAGAGUCCAGCCGACGGCGGGGAUUCUGCUGUCAAAGUCGAUUCUGAACAGCCCGCCAGCGAACAGCAUGCUGAGAAGCUCGCUGGAGAGACUCAAGCCGGCUCGGAUGGGAUAACGUCUACAACUGAUCCGAAUACUGCCAGUCCAGCAAACCCCACUUCUGAGGCUGCUUCCCCGGAGUUUCCUGGAAAGCAAGAGAAGAAUUUUGAGUUCAUACAGCCAGAGAAGUUUCCGGUUAAUCUGUCGCUGAGGAAAAACGUGUAUUCCAAUACCCAAAACUUCAAUUCGUUACAGACUGACGCUCAGCAAUCUAAACAGAUUAAUCGAACCUACAUUUGUCACACCUGCAAUAACGAUUGUGUUGGAGUUCGCUAUCAUAACCUCAGAUCCAGAGAUACAAAUAUAUGCUCUCGGUGUUUCCAGGAAGGUCACUUCAGUGCCCAUUUUUCUUCUUCUGACUUUUUGCGUUUGGAAAACCAGUCUCAAACUAAGAAACAAUGGUCAGAUCAAGAAGUUCUUUUGUUGCUUGAGGGUAUAGAAAUGUAUGAGGAUCAAUGGGAUCGGAUUGUUGAUCACAUUGGAGGUACUAAGUCUCUUGAAGCAUGCGUUGAAAAGUUCCUAUCCUUACCGAUUGAGGAUAAGUACAUUGACGAAGUAACGCCGGCACCAAAGUCACAGAUCUCGGGUAAAAUUGCGCCCCAAGUGACCGAGGCUGUGGAUGCCGCCGUACAGGCUCUAUUGAAAGGUCUAAAUGAGAAUAUCUUAAAGGAAUCGGUUCCAAAAACUGCAAAUCAGAUCUCCAACAAGUAUUUACAAGAAGCACAGCUAAUCGUCCAAGAUUUAGUAAAGCUCAACUUGGAAAAAGUGAACCUCAAUUUCCAGAAACUCAACGCAAUAGAAGUUACUUUAAAUGAGGAGAAACAGAGGUUUAUCAAGGAAUCAGAAAGGUUGAUAAGUGAACGCCAGUCUUUGAGUAAACAGGUCACAGAAUUGAAUGAGGAACUUUCUAAAAUGAAUGUUUCUAAAAAACUCAUCAUGUUAUCGGAACAAGCAGAUUCAGGCGUAAAGUUAGUUGAAAAAGAUGAAGAGACUCAAAAUAAAAACAGGCUUGUGAAGAACGUUGAUGAGCUACACAGCGUAUCACAGGUUGAACCCCAGCACUAUAAAGCUUGGUCACUGACUUAA